AUGGCGUUCAACUUCAACUGGUCGCCGUUGAUGGCCGACGCGGGUUUCUAUACCCGCGCCCAGGACCUGUUGACGGCCGCGCUCAAUAAAUCGCCAAAGCCCCCCAUUAUUGUCGACGACAUUCGCGUCACCGAACUGAACUUGGGCUCGAUACCGCCCGACCUGGAGAUUUUGGAAGUCGGCGACCUCGCCGAAGACCGUUUCCGCGGUAUCUUCAAGAUGUCUUAUGUGGGAGACGCUUUCUUGACGUUAAAGACAAGAGUUCAAGCCAACCCCAUGAACACGCUCCUCUUGACGCGACCGUCUUUCGCGUCCCCGAAGCCGCUCGCUGCCGCCGCUGGUUUAACGAUACCUCUUCAAAUAACGCUGUCGGAAUUUCGGUUGUCGGGCUUCGUUGUCCUCGUUUUCUCGAAACAAAAGGGCAUCACCGUCGUGUUUCGCAACGAUCCUUUGGAGUCGCUGAAAGUCUCGUCCACUUUCGAUUCGAUCCCAUUUGUGCGCGACUACCUGCAGAAAGCUAUUGAAGGUCAGCUGAGAAUACUGUUUAUGGACGAGCUCCCCGCCAUUAUCCACCGGCUUUCUUUGCGCCUGUGGGUACCGGAGUAUCGUGAUCGAGAAGCGGCGGAAGCAAACGGUAUAGAUAAGCCAUCGGAAGCCGGUCCAGGCCAAGAUCCCUUGGCUAGUCCACCUCAAGAUCCAGUCGACGCCUCAGGAAACGCUCUGAAUGCAUCCGAAAUCGCUUCACUGUCACUAGACUCCGGUGUUGAGAUACAUUCUCUAUUCUCGCAGAAGAACUUGUUACGUCUAGCAGCGUUGACAGACUCCCAGCGCACUUUGUCUUUGUUUACACCAUCAAUCCAAGAUGUAGUGUACAGAGCAUGGACGGCAUCGUCGGAUUUGGGGGAAAGCAAUACAUUGACAUCACCUAUGAGCCCGGCACUAUCAAGAACGCAAUCGCACAUCGGCUCUUUACACUCGUUCGUUGAUAAUGCUAGCACUGUGUCGAUGCAAAGCGGAGGAUCAAGCAAUUUUAGCAGCUAUGGCCUACAUUUGAGAUCCGGUCGACACUCACGGUCUCAUGCAAAGAAACGCAAGAAGCGUGUAGUCGACUUGCGCCGGCCAAAGACUACGGACGAUGUUGAAAGUGUCAGCGGAGACAGUUCCUAUUUGGAAACAACAAUGAGCGCCCCGACUGUGUACUCGUCCCCUGCUCAUUUCCCCGACGAAAAGAACGAUGACCCUGUCACCCCACCACUGUCUCCCCAGAGCGAUAUUCAUCUCCCUGCAGUCCCUGAGCGUCGAAAAAUGAGCCAGGGAAACCGAACCUUGACCCAACGCUCAAGAGCUUUUGCGUUGGGCCUCGAAUCUGGGGAGCCAUCAUCAAGUGUCGAUCCCCGAGGUGUCAACCCAUUUGCGGAUCCUGAUGCGACUCCCCGGAAUAGCAUCCGCCUCUCUUCCACAACAGCGCGGACGAAUAGCAAAUCCCCUGAACGCCACCUUCCCAGCUCUGCAAUUCAAUACACUGAAAUGCCUCACAGAGGAAUUCUCGAACAAGCCUGGGUUAACAAAGUGGCCGGCGAAAUGGCCCGCAGAAUGCAGGAGCAAAAGAUGAGUUCUUUCAAAGGCGACCAGUUCCCAGACUUUUGGGACAGUCAUGGUCGCGAAGAACCUCCUCCCCCUGCUUAUGGCCACUAA